AUGCUGGAGGAUCUUAGGAAAUUAGUCACUUGGGCUCACUCUCAUGGCUCCCACUGUCCCCACAAGCUUUGGCACAAGGGAAAACUUAACCCAGGGGUUGGGCAUCAGUGCAAAGUUAAUUGGAGAUGUGAGGUUGGACAUGCCUUCGACUGGGCCUUGACACUUGCCACAGAGGUGAAAGUUGAGGAGGAAAAGACAGAGGAGGUGGAUGUAGGUCAUAGGAGCAAGAGGAGGAGAAUACAAUGCCUGUCCUCGGAUGAGGAAGAGGAAGGGGAGAUGGUAUAUACCCCAUCCAUUGGGAAUAUUACUGAUGAAAAUGGGGUUGAAUCUGAUGUGAGCCUCUGUAGCCUUGUGACCCAUGUGUCAAGAGAGGGAGGAGAUGCCCCAGUGAGAAUGCUGGAAGAGGCCUUGACUUUAAAGUCCAAGCAGCAGAGAACUGUGAAACAACCAUUCUUUCCUAGGAUGAUUGUUAAGGAGCAACCCAAAGGCAAUAUCAACAUGGAAGUUAGGGUGGAGCUAGAGCAAAAGAACAAGGAGACAAACCAAGAGGGAAGGGGCAUUGAAAAGAGGACAGUUCUAAAGGAGGAAAGCCCAGGCCCAAAUGAAAACCUCAUUACAGCUCUUGACAUCACCCCUCUCCGAAGCCGCCUUUCAGACAUUGAGCGUGCCCCAGAAGAUGAGGAGUGGGCGACUCCUAAGGGUGGACAGUGUUCCCUCUCCCCUCCUAAACCCCUAUUCCAGGGCCAGGGUGAAACCCACAGGCAGGGCUCCUGUAGUGCUGCCAUCUUCCCACCUACACCUGAGAGAUCAGGUGCGGCCUCAGGGCACUGUCCCCUUAAUAAAGGCAAGGUUAAGGCAGCACCCAAGAAACCAGCAGAGAAAAGGGGGCCAAAGAGAGCAGAGGCCAGCCUGGGCAAUCUCAUGACCUUUGUCAUGUGGCUAAACUCUCAAAACCAUUCCGGGGCCCGCUGUCCAGGCAGCCUGCCUAUCGCCGAGCUGGACAGGUUAUUGGUCGCCUUCUUCCAGUAUGUGUGGGAGGAGUCCCGCCUGCAGGCCCUGAGCAGCAGCACUCUUACGACAUACGCCCGUAUGCUGGACCGUGAUCUGCAGAACCAGGGCUGCAGCUUCAGUAUCCGGAAGUCAGCCGAGUUCACAAACACCAUUAGGGAACUGGAUAGCUGCUGCCAGCACUUGAAGCAGAGAGAGUGGGACAGAGAUAUCCUGGUGAUCCAGAGCUUGAGGAGAGAAGAGGAGGCUGCACUGAGGCAGGCAGGGGUCCUGUCUAGGGCCACACCGGAUGGGCUGCUCAACCUGGUCCUGCUCAACAACCUCAAGGCCUUUGGGAAGUUCCACCUCCAGGGAGUCUGGCCCGGGCGAGUCUCCGACUUCCACACGGCCACUGAGACCCACCCAGGGACGGGCGACGGGGAAAAACUGGAAUACCUGGAGUGGAACAAUACUAAUUUCCCAGAACAGAGCCCCGUACGGAUGCAUGGCCUGGCCGACGACCCAGAACGCUGCCCCCUGUGGGACUACAAGCUUUAUGUAUCCAAGCGUGUUGGAAGCCACCUGAUCGCCUCUGAUGCAAUGUACUGUUGCCCACUGAGCCAGUAUAGGCCCUGGGAUAAUUACUGGUUCAGCCGCCAUGCCAUGCCCAAACCUCGCCUGGAAAAGAUGAUUAAGUCUCUGAGCCACCAUAUACUCUCCGUUCGUAAUGGGAGGGCAGCAGCCGCAUAUUAGUCAGCAGGUACUAAUAGAAGAACAUUGAUUGUAUUUUAAAUGUAUACUGUAUGUGCAUACAUACAUUCAAAGUGUGAUAUCCUAGCAUGACGUGUGUUUAAUUAUACCAUUGAAUGUUGUAUGCUAUGUUAUGGUUGAAAUACUCAUAAAUGG